AUGAUCAAGCUGAAUGAAACCUCACAGAGCCAGGUGACUGAAUUCAUCCUCAUGGGCAUUACAAAUCAUCCUGAACUGCAGGGUUCCCUCUUUGUUGUGUUUCUCCUCAACUACAUGGCCACAGCUGUGUGCAACCUGGGCCUGAUCAUCCUAACCAGGGUGGAUUCCCACCUCAACACCCCCAUGUACUUUUUCCUCAGGCAUCUAGCAUUUGUUGAUCUUGGCUAUUCCACAGCUAUUGGGCCAAAAAUGCUAGUCGGUUUCACAGAGGAGAAAAAUAUCAUUUCUUAUAAUGGAUGUGCAGCCCAGCUAGUUUGCUUUGCUAUAUUUAUCACCAGUGAAUUUUUUAUGAUGUCAGCCAUGGCAUAUGACCGCUAUGUGGCUAUCUGUAAGCCUCUCCUCUACGUGGUCAUCAUGUCAGACAGGGUAUGUUGGAUCUUCGUGGCUAUCUCAUAUCUCUAUGGCAUCAUGGUAUGUCUUGUCAUCACAACUGAGACUUUUAAAUCAUCUUUCUGUGAAUCAAACAUAAUAAGACAUUUCUACUGUGACUGUCUUCCUCUAUUGUCCAUUGCAUGCUCAGACACAAGUGAGACUGAACUAAUCAUUAUGACCUUUGCUGCACUUAAUUUGGUUUCUUCCCUCUCGAUUAUUCUCAUCUCCUACAUGUUCAUCCUUGUGGCCAUCCUCAGGAUGAACUCUGCUGAGGGGAGGCAGAAAGCCUUCUCCACCUGUGGCUCUCACCUCACAGUGGUGGCGGUGUUCUAUGGGACACUUCUAUUCAUGUACCUUCAACCCCAAUCCAGCCAUUCCUUUGACAAAGAUAAGAUGGCCUCUGUCUUUUACACUCUGGUCAUCCCCAUGCUCAACCCUUUGAUCUAUAGCUUGAGGAACAAAGAGGUGAAAGGUGCCUUGAAAAGACUCUUUAAAAAAUUAUGUAAGCAUUCUCUGUAA